UGUUGGUGCACAUGCUGUAAAGUGCUGCUAUCAAAAACUGAGUUUUUGCAUGAAUAGCAUUGGGGUUUGUCUCAUUUGUCCAUUUUCAAAGGAGAUGCUAUCUUAACUGAGAGUCCUUUUGUGUAAACCUGAUCCCAUCUGCCUGGUUUGGAAAGGAAAGAGUUACAGUCAGGGUGGCUUAUUUUCCUUCCCACCUACUACCUGAACUGCAGGUGCUCAGCCGGGAGGCUGUUUAGUCAUAUAGCAAAGGAGAACCAAGGGCAACAAUAAGAGGGAAAGGCAUUGUUUUCCCCUGAGGUUCCAAAUACAAAAGCCCUAGUUGCUUCUAGGAUUUUGAUAUGUAGAACGGCAGAACAAACCAGGGAAGCAUCACCAUGAGGUCUUUCCCAUCCAGGCGCCUCUCUGUUAUAUACAGCAUACCUACUCCUUGCGACUCACACUUUCUCUCUGGACUGGGUCUGCCUUUUCACCACAGCCAAGCUUCACAAGAAGAUAUUGCGAGUCGAAAGCAUUCUUUUGGCCAAAAAGUGCAUUUUCGUUUCUGGAAAAGAUGUCUUUUACAAAUGUUACCUGUGAUUUCCUUGACUGUCACUGUGAUUCUGCUGGUGCUGUACUAUACGUUAUCUCCUGCAUUCUCUUUCAUCUACAUUGGUGGAAGUCUAGAAAUUCCUAACUUGACCUACACAAGUGACCUAAUGCACCCCAAAUCGCAUACGUUUAUAUUGCAAGCUGAAGCUGUCCAGAAUUGUUUUCCAGAAUUGUAUGGAUCUUCUGCCUUAGGGAAUUAUUACUUGACAUCUGUUAUUACUGCUUUUAGUGAAGGAAAGAGUGGCCUUCGAGCUUAUUACUGGAGUACAUUUUGGGCCCCACAAGAUAUGGUUCUUUCUAUUCAAAAUCUGUCUUCGACGAAGCAAAAGCAAAUACUCAGUAAACGGGCACCUGCAACUGAAAACAGCACGGCUGAAGUAUAUUCUUUGGAGGAGAAUUUUGAUGUUAUUACCAUGGAGCUCUUUGUUUCAGAUUCUAUGGACUAUGAUGUGACAUGGAAAGCAGUGGCCUUUGACCUCUAUGCAAAGCCUGGUAAUAACAGGACCUUAACACUGAUGAAUCCUAAGAGAUCUUUUUAUCAGUGGAGGCUGCGAGUUCCAUCGGACCACGUUGUGAGACUAGUGGUUGUUCCCUUGCAUAGCGUGACUCCUGGGAGCUGUGCAUCUCACAGACUAUCCGCAUAUGACUUCCUUCUCCCUCUGCAAAACAAGAUCAUUACAAGAUGGUGUGGGUCGUCUGGGGCCUGGACGUCCCCAGUUAUACGUUUAACUUCAUCGAGUAAUGUCAUGUUGGUCACAUUCUCCUUGGACCGAAGAAAAGAGAGCAAUAUAUUGAAUGCAUAUUUUCAAGCAGUUCCUAAAAUUGUAUGUGGUGGUCGAUACAUCUCUUGGAAUGGGACUGUAAUUUCUCCAUACUACCCAAGUUACUAUCCACCGAAUAUUGACUGCCACUGGAUUAUUAGAGCACCACUGCCUGGCUAUAGAUUGCUGCUAAAAAUUCUUGUAAUACAAGUUCAGGAACCAUCCCUUGGAUCCAAUAGAUGUGAUAAAGAUUGGUUGGAAAUUGAUGGAAUUAGAUAUUGUAAACCUAUUGGGGAAGGCAGCAGGGUCAAGGAAUAUGGUUAUUCAGUGGCCAUCCAUUUCCAUUCAGAUGAACUGGUCACACACAGGGGUUUUUAUAUUGAAUUCAGAGCUUUCAGCCACACAGACCCUUGUCCUAGGCAAUUUAAAUGUUCCGACAAAACAUGUGUCUCUUUAAACAGUAGAUGUGAUGGGUGGAAAGACUGCGCCGAUGGAAGUGAUGAGGUAAACUGUGGUUGCAAUCCCGUGAAGUCUAAUUGUGGUAAUGGGAAGUGUAAACACCAUUCCAGGCCUUGUAAAGGAGAUGGCAGCUGUGAAAGUGAGAGUGAUGAGGAGGAAGACAAUUGCGCCUAUAGAAGCUGCUCACAGCAUGCAUAUAAAUGUCUAAAUGGAAAGUGUCCAAUAAAGCAAAACCCAGAGUGUGAUGGAAUAAGAGACUGUGCAGAUGGAUCUGAUGAAAUGAACUGUGCAUGUGGAAGGAGUCAGGUAAAAAGACCCAGAAUUGUUGGUGGUGAAGAUGCAAAGUAUGGAAAGUGGCCUUGGCAAGCCAGCUUGCAGCUAAAAACAUAUGGCCAUAUAUGUGGUGCAUCUAUUAUUUCAAAUAGUUGGCUGGUAUCUGCUGCCCAUUGCUUUCAGGACUCCGAUUCGAUAAGAUACUCUAUAGCAUCUGGCUGGACAGCAUAUAUGGGUAUAAAGGUCAUUAACAGAAACAAUGAUAAUCACGUAGCGAUGAGAUCGAUCAAAAGGAUUAUUGUUCACCCACAUUAUGACCAAUAUAUCUCAGACUAUGACAUUGCCCUGUUGGAAAUGGAGUCACCAGUAUUCUUCAAUGAGCUGGUACAGCCCAUAUGUUUACCAAGCAGUCGUAGACUAUUAAUUUAUGGAACUGUCUGCUAUGUAACUGGCUGGGGAGCCGUAAAAGAAAAUAGUGAACUUGCAAAAACACUGCAAGAAGCGAAGGUGAAAAUAAUUGAUCAGAGUGUUUGCAACAAGCUUUAUGACGAUCUGAUUACUUCUCGGAUGCUGUGUGCUGGGAACCUUAAUGGUGGCAUUGACGCAUGUCAGGGUGACUCUGGGGGUCCGUUAGCCUGUUUAGGAAGAGGGAACAGAUGGUACCUUACAGGCAUUGUCAGCUGGGGUGAAGGGUGUGCUCGACGGAAUCGCCCUGGCGUUUACACCAAGAUCACAACACUUUAUGACUGGAUUCGUCAAUACACAAAAUGACAGAUGAGUUCUGGAGAAAGCCAAAAAAUGCAAAGCAAUGUACACACACUUCAGAACAUAAGAGCCUUGUUGGAGCAGGACAAAGGCCCAUCUAGUUCAGCAUAUGGUUCUCACAGUGACCAACUGAAGGACUGUGGGAAACCUUGAAGCAGGAUCUGAGUACAAGAGCACUCUCCUGCCUGGUGGUUUCCAGCAACUUAUAUUUAGAAGUAUACUGUCUCUGAUGGUGGAGGCAGAGAAUAGCCAUCAUGGCUAGUAGUCCCAUCCUUUCCUUUAAUGGUGGGUAGUUCUUCAGGUUGUGUGUGCUUUGAAUGAUACUGAGUAUGCCAAGAGGCAACUGCCCACUCUUACACCUCAGUAACUUUGCAAGCAGAGGUGGAUUUAAGACAUGGAGCCUAGGGGGCACCGUAACUAUGUUGGAGAGUGGAAGGUGAGAGGUGGGGCGGGGCGAAUUUUGGCAUUGCACAGGGAGCUGCUGAAAUUUGAGACCCCAAGGUCUGCCACUGCUGGAAGACUACAGAAAGAGAAGAGUGCCUCUUCUUUUGGAUUUCAGAUAUCGAGGGAUGUUGACAUGGGCAGACAUUCCUUAAACAAAAAGGGAGCAUAUUGGUGUGAAGGGAAUAGUGAAAGAAUAUCAGAUCAGUGACCAAACAUAUCUAAGAUUAUGACUAAGAUUAUGGUAUCCUCCCAAAUAAACAUAAAGGAUACCAUGGACAAAUUUGCAUCGAGAGAAACUAAGAUGUAAUGUUCAGUUGAUAGUGAUGAUUCAGAAGAAAUUAUAUGCCACCUUUCAUUUCAAGAAGAUUCCCAUUGUGUUUACAAACAAAUAAAAGCCAACAGCAAAAUAAUGAGUAUAAAUACAGCUAGUCAAGAUUAAAAUACACAAUAAAACAGCUUCAUCUAAACAUGAAAACAUCCAUUAAUUAAAAUGUGCAGCAAACAAGCCCAUUAAGACAGUGUAACAGUUACACUAGUUAAAAGAACAAUCAAAAGAAGAGGUUCUAUUUAGGAGAUCAGGGGAAUAUUUGCUUAAGCAGGUGUGACUUUGAGAGACAGGGGAAUGGUAAUAUUUCAGCAGGAAGAGAAAUUCACAACACUGGUGUCACCAGUGAAAAAGCCCACUAACAUGUUACCAUAAGCCAAAAAUCAUUAGGUCAUGGCAAAUAUAAUCAGGUUUCAUUUGUUGAUCUAAACGUCUUUGCUGGUCUUUCGGGUAACCCUGUUGCAAAGUUGCUUUAAAUGCAAGUAACAGGAUUUUUAAAGUGGUUUGGUUUUAAUAGGUAGCCAGUGGAGAUCCUUCAGCAAUGGUGUGUGACAUGCACCACCUGGGCUGCAUUAUUCUGCACCAGCCACAGUCUGCCCCAGGCAAAAGCAAAGCCCCACAUAGAACACAUUGGAAAAGACUAAACAGAAGGACACCAACACAUGUGCCACAGUGACUACGUUAUUCCUGACUGGAAAAUGACACAGUUUG